CUCAAAACAUCAUCAACUAGUUAGUUUCUCAAUCCACACACAUACACAAGAACAAGGCAUUGAGAAAUCUUAGUAUUCUAACAUUGGAAGUAAUGGCAAGAUCUUCUUUGAGCUUAGUUAUUAUGGUUCUUGUUGUGGGGGCCACAAUGUGGAACCAAGAAGCUAAAGCUCAAUCAUCAUCAUCAUCAAGUUGCACAAGCACAUUAACUAGCUUGAGUCCUUGCUUGAACUACAUAAUGGGAAGCUCAUCAACACCAUCAUCUUCAUGUUGCUCUCAACUCUCAAGUGUGGUUAAAUCUUCCCCACAGUGCUUAUGCUCUGUCCUUAAUGGUGGAGGUUCCAAUUUGGGAAUCCCCAUUAACCAAACUCUUGCUUUGUCUCUUCCUAGUGCUUGCAAAGUUCAAACUCCACCAGUAAGCCAAUGCAAAGGUAAGAAAAUAAAAAUGACAGAUAAAAGACAACAGAGAGAAUAUAAGGCUAAUAACUUAUUUGGUCAUGGCAUGAAUUUUGUAGGUGUUAAUGGAGGAGCAUCUUCGGGUUCUCCGGUGGGAUCUCCAUUUGGUUCCCCAGCUGAAUCUCCAGCUGAUUCACCUGAAGGCUCAAUUGCACCUUCAUAUUCAGGUUCAGAUUCUCCCUCAGUUGCAGGAUCUAAGAGAGUUCCAGGAACAAAUGGUGGGUCAUCUGAUGGAAGCAACAUUAAAUUCCCCUCCCACUUUUUACUCUCUCUUGUAAUUGUUUCUUGUUUCUCUUCCAUCACCAACCUCUGAUUUUUGAGUCUUGUCUGCAGAGACUUGAGAGACUUGAGUGCUGAGGUUUUUUAAUUAUGUUUUGCCUUUUGUUGUGUCACUUCAUAUCUGUGUAGUUUGUAUAAAUAAUGAGUUUAAUUUUAUAUAUGUUUUCUUUAUUAUUCA